AGUGGUGUGGUGUGACGAUUCAAGAUACAGCAAACAUUUGUGUUCUCUAUAGGGCUUUAUUGUUGUGUUUGCUCUAGUUUGUCAAUUGCGUGUAUUCUCUCUCUUGAAGUACGAUUGAUACCAUGCAACCGGUGCAGCCCAACAUUAAUCUCCCGGGGCUUAGUCAAAAUGAAGUAGUUAUUCUAUCGGAGAAGCUCCACCAUAUAGGCAAUGAGGGCUUUAUGUUCUGCGCACGCAAAUGCAUAACACACUACGGUGAAGAUUCAAUACCCUAUCAUCCAGGUGAAAAAGCAUGCUUGGAUCGAUGCAUCAGUAAAGUACGCAAUGGUAUGUAUAUGGCAAUUGAUAUUAAAAAGAAAUUCGAAGAACAAUUGAAAGCACAGGAGUUGCCCUAUCAAUGGUUGAAAGACGCUGCAUCUGGGAAAUUAGGCAGUCAGUAACGUUGGAAGCAAAGAAAGUGUCGAUUGACGCUCACAGACAUCGGUUCAUCAAGGAAUAAUAAUCUAUAAUAGGAAAGGAUUCUUUUCACAAGUUCAACUUGCGAAUAGUAAAUGAAAAUCCUGAAAAAUCUAAGGGUACCUUACUAGAUAAAAUCUCAUAUCUCGCACGUGUGAAAAGUGAUAAACAAGUGAACAUUCUAUUUAUAAUUACUUCUUUAGACGACUACAAAUAAAAAAGAAGUCGUCAAGAAUAUGAAAUAAUGUCAAUAUAAAUUUAAAUAGCAUGAUUGAUAAUAAAAAUCCAUCCUAUCAAAUUAAAAUACUAAUCACUAGCAUUAACAAAAAAAAAAAAA